UUUCUUUUUUUUUUUUUUUUUAAUUUAACACGUAGUCUAGUCCACCCACCGCACGCACACACUCAAACACACUCAGACACACACACAAACACACACACAUUUAACCGACGACCGGAGCUUCUGAACUAUUGCGCCUUGGCUCGCCAGUUCGCCAGUAACAUCUCUGUCCUGCAUGUGUGUGUGUGUGUGCGCGCGCGCGCGGUGUGUGUUUACAGGUUACAGCUCAUAGAAUAAUCUGGAAACAUCGGCGGAAAACUAAAACAGCAACUUCUUUUUCUUUUUCAACGUGGGACAAUUUUCUUCUGAGGAUAUUUAUAUAUUUAAGAGCAAUUACAGGAACUUUGGUUUUUUUUUUAAUGUGUGUAAAUUCACACACAUAUUUAUUGAUUUAAGAGUAUAAUUUUCAGGAGAGAAAAAAAAUCUAUAGAUAUAUUUAUAACCUGUUAUUUCUACACUUGGACAAUGGAGCGGAUUACCAGUGCACAGCCUCCUCCAUGUUUGGCCAAACAGAACCCGUUGGACAUGGCAGCCAUUCCGGGCAUGGAUUUCCCCAUGUACGUAUACAAACCCCGAAGAGGUGCGAAACGAGGCGAAGACAGCAAGGACACGUACAAGCUGCCGCAUCGUCUGAUUGAGAAGAAGAGACGUGACAGAAUAAAUGAAUGCAUCGCCCAGCUGAAGGACCUGCUACCAGAGCACCUGAAACUCUCCACGCUGGGCCAUUUGGAAAAGGCCGUAGUGCUGGAGCUGACGUUGAAGCACGUGAAAGCUCUGAACAGCCUGCUGGAGCAGCAGCAGCAGCAAAUCAUAUCUCUGCAGAAUGGAAUGCAGAUUGGUGAUCACACCAAUGGGAACUUGGAGAAGAGCGAGGAGAUGUUCCGCUCUGGUUUCCAUUUGUGUGCCAAGGAGGUUCUGCAGUACAUGGCGAGCCAGGAGAACGUGCAGGAUCUGACUCCUACGCACAUCUUGAACCAUCUGCACAAGGUGGCCUCCGAGCUGCCACAGCGGCCGAUCAGCCCGCAACAGGACAUGCCUUCCCCUGCCCAAAAAGGCCACGAGAUCCGCGAGAAGCCAGUGGUGAUGCCGGCCAGAAUGCCAGAGGGCCAAACCAAAAACUGCGUCCCUGUGAUUCAGAGGACUUACCCACAUAGCAGUGAGCAGAGUGGCAGCGACACGGACACGGACAGUGGCUACGGUGGCGAGCUGGACAAAGACAAGCGUGACUCCAAGGGUCAGCGGCCAGGCUACUACGGCAAAGAGGGCGCUGAAUUGAAAUAUGGCAUCAAGGAGGAAUGGGAUGAGCCGCAGGCCAAACGGCAAAGGUCGGACUCUUCUGAGGACGAGUCUCUGUUGGGUCACAGUGGGUACGCAAGCUUCUCUUCCCACCAGCCUCCUUUCUGCAUGCCCUUUUACCUUCUCCCGCCAGUGACAGCGGCUGCUGCUGCCGCGUACCUCCCAGUUCUGGAGAAGUGCUGGUACCCAGGGGGCAUGCCCAUGCUGUACCCUGGCAUUGGGGGUUCCACGUCAGGCUUGUCUCCUGAGAAACUUCCCUUGUCGCUUGUCUUGUCACCCAGAGUAGCGUCCCCCACCACCUCUCAUGCUCAUACAGACUCUCCUGCUCUGCACCAGGCCCUAAAACAAGUCCCCCCCUUAAAUCUGGAAACCAAAGACUGAUAACCGCGUGGCGUCCCCUUCACCCUCGACAUCUAUCCUCUGAAUGUUAAGAGCGGAGGAUAUGCUGAUGAAGAUCAGAGUCAUGCCGGCUCCUGCUCUGCUACCGCUUGCCCCGCCCUUCCCCCAGUGUUAUUUAAAAAAACAAAACAAUUUCACAAACAUACACCAACCCAGUGGCCAACUCCCUCCACCACAGCAGUAGACGUACACGCUGGGAGAAAGCGUCCGUGUUUAGACGGGUGUACACUGGCCACGUUGAGGGAGUGGAUGGGAGAUGAGGACUAGGGUGUAGCACUUAGAGUCACUGUGAAGAUGUUAAAUGACACUGAGUUGUCUGGUUUCAGGAAGGAUUGCUCCGCGGGGACACCUGCUCUCUGCGCUUGUGCUGAAUGUUUCAAUAAACAUAAACAAACAAAAAAAACAAACCUAAAUCCAGAAUGUGAUGUGCAGACAGCCCCUAACAGAUAAAUGAUAAGGACUCUGCCCUUUGCACAUAUCGUAUGUUUUGAAUGUAAACCAGAAAAAUAUGUACCUAGCAAAACCCCUGUAGAUGCUGCUUUUUUUUUUUUUUUUUUUGGGGACAUUUCUCUGUGCUGCCGAGCAAGGCCUCACACUGUCAGGACUCUCUGGCUGCUUUAAAUAAAGACUCUCCUUUUAGCCUAGAAUGCUACCAAAUAACGGUCUGCUUUAGUUGACCAGAGCUUUCACAAAAUGAGACAACAGCGGCAGCCUCAUCUCCCCCCAUCGCUAAGUUAAGUCACCAGAUUCCCCACAAACUGAAUCCAUCAAAUGCUUGUGCACACGCAGGUGAGGCUGAUCAGCCCUGACGUGGGUCGCUUGUGUAAAUAAGGGAGUAAUGUAAUCACAGCUGUUUUUUUUUUUAAAAUAGAAAGAUUUUGAUUAUGUAAUUCAUUAUUGUUUGUGCAAGUAGAUGGGGUACUUGUGAGAUAACUACAUUGUGUAAUUCAUAUGUUUAUACAACAUUGUUUGUACAUCUCUAUUAUUUUUGAUACACGAGCCACAGUUUUUUUUUUGUAUUUUGAUUGAGAGGGGAGUUCCAGAUUGUCA